UAAAGUAACUUAAGAGUUGCAAAUUUGAACAUGAAACAAAAGUAGUACCAUGUCCGAGCUUUGGAAAAAUUAACGACCGACCGUCGGAUGGGAUGGGGUCCACGGGCCGAGAGAGCGGGCGUGGGUGGCCCAUUAGCCGUGGGCGGUCGGGGCGUUACAGAAAUACCAGUAGUUAUGGAGACAAGAAAUGCAAAGGGAAUACGUGCUUACUUGUUUUUGGUUCUCUAGUUGUGCUUGGAGGAGUUCGUUGUACUCACUGGCCUCCUUGUUCCGAAGCUUACUCGAAUCGUUCCUCGUCGAGUUUUGCCCCGCGGAUAGUUUCCGACCUCUUCCUCCGAUGACCGGCGACGGGAGAGCCGUCGAUCUGUUUAAUCUUUUCCUCAGCGUGAGUCGCAGAGGCGAUGCCGUUUCGUGGGAUGAAGUUGCUCGAGAGUGUGGAUUAGGGUUUAAUAACGCAUCUUCUGCGAAGUUGAUCUAUGUUAAGUAUCUUGAUGCACUUGCUAGGUGGUUGAACAGAGUUGGUUACGAUAGCGUUGAGUUGUGUGGAGUCUCGGAUGGUUUGAUGGCUAGUCUUAAGGAUUUUUUAUGUGAGGUUAAGAGGAGGUAUGGUACUACUGCUUCGAGGGAGUUAGGAGCUGAGCUUAAGUGGUUUGUAUCAAAAGCUAAGAGAAGUUGUGGUGAUGAUGAUGAUGAUAAGAAGGUGGAUAAAGUUAUGAGACUUGACUGCUCUUUUUCGCCUGGGAAGAGGAAACGGGAGUGUCCUUUGGAGACGUUGAAAUGGUUAAGAGAGGCUGCUAAGGAUCCAUGUGAUACUUGUUCUAUUGGUUCUUUGCCUGAUAGAUCAAAGUGGGAAGCUUAUGGAAGGGAAGAGCCGUGGAAGGAGCUUCUUCUGUUUAGGGCUUCAAGAACAAACACUGAUCCGUCUUGUCAAAAGAUUUGGCAGAAAAUCCAGAAGAUGCAUCCAUCUCUGUAUGAGGAUAGUACUGGACCUAGUUACAAUCUGAGAGAGAGACUCAGAUUUGAUGGGAGUGGCUCGGCUUCAGAUAGUUCAUCAGAUGAGGAGGAUAGACCAUGUGCUCGAGUUGGCUCACAGUUUCAGGCUGAGGUACCUGAGUGGAUUGGCCUCAACACCGAAAGCGAUGCAAAGUGGUUGGGCCCUCGGGUCUGGCCGCUGAGCAAAGAACAAAGCAACAGUAAUCUUCUUAUCGAAAGAGAUCCUAUUGGGAAAGGAAGACAAGAUCCAUGCGGCUGCCAAAACUCAGAUUCUGUUCAAUGUGUCAGAUUCCAUAUCAACACAAAACGGGAGAAACUGAAACUUGAACUUGGUCCAGCUUUCUACAUGUGGUGUUUUGAUAGUAUGGGUGAAGGUACUCUGCAGUAUUGGACAGACUUAGAACUGAAGAAAGUAAAGCUUUUGAUGGCAUCUCCACCUACACUUAGCCCAUCUUUCUUCAGUGAGCUGAAGAGUAUCCUUUCUUCAAAGAGCAGAGAAGAGAUUGUGAGCUACUAUUACAACGUGCAUGCUUUUAGGAUGACUGCAAGAAAACACUAGUUAACGAGCCAAUACCUUCUAAGAGAGCUUCUCAUUUCUUCAUCUUCCAGUAGGCACCAUCCCUUUUUCAAGAUCUGGACAAACAACUUAGGGAGUCCUUUAGUUGAUCCUAUUAUUAUAGGUAAGAUCAUCAAUCUUUGUUUAUAUGUAGAACUUGUUUUUACUGAUCCUCCGUUAUAAUAAUAGGUUCAACGAUUUUUUUUU